AUGAUGAACUUUCUGGUCACUCAUCUCGACCUACAAUGGCUCGCAUGCGUCACUUUGUUGCUCGGUGUGGGCGUUCCGCUCGCACUCGUCGCCCAGCGGCUGUGGCGCUACACGACGUGGCUGCGCGACCUGGACGGCCCAAUUACAAAAGACUACUUCAUGGGUAACUGGUCCGAGUUCCAGAAAGAGGACAUCAUGACGGUCAUUCUCCGCUGGAUCGAGACGCACGGCGAGGCGUUCCGCGUCUGGGCCUUCCUCGGUGAGCCUCGACUGCUGGUGACGGACCCGGUCGCGCUGGACUACAUCUUCGUCAAGAAGGCGUACGAGUACCCCAAGCACCCUUCUUCGAUUCGCCUCCUGGGCCAGCUGAUGGGACCUGGCCUCAUCGUGGCAGAGGGAGAACAGCACAAGCGGCAGAAGUUGACGCUGCAGAAGGGCUUCGCACCGGCCAGCGCCAAGAUGUACCACGACGUCUUUACUUCGCACGCUGCGCGCUUGAGGGACAGGCUCCUCGAGAGCGUCGAGAGAGAAGGAAAAGAGGUGGAGGAGGCUACCGACGGGAUGCGAGGGGUCAAGCUCGAUGUCCUCCGCCCCGUCUCGAGGGCCUCGCUCGAUAUCCUCGGACAAGCAGGAUUCGGCCACGACUUCGGCGCUCUCUCUCAGCCAGGCAUGUUUGGAAGGCUGUUCAAGAAAGGCAAGCCGUCGUCGGGUGAAACGAGCGCAAUGGGACCAGAGAAGGGAGAAGACGGAGUCUCGUCCCACCCGCUAUCAAGGGCAUUCGACAGCAUUCUGAGCCUCGUUCUCGAGGCGCAAGGCAGUCUCUUCUACUUGUUUCGUGAGAUCGUUCUGGGAAACUUUCCGGCUCUGGAGGCCUUUGGCUUUGGGGCCCUCAGCCCGACGAUGCAGAAAGCCCGAGAUGUCCUUGACCAUGAAGCCCGUCUCAUUCUCGAUAGGGCUUCGGAGCACCAUAGGCGUUUGCACGCAGGCCUUCUACUUGAUGGCGACGACGAUGAAUCGGGAGCAGAUGACGGCAGGAUCCUCGUCCGAACAGGGAAGGCAUCGAAGCGUCGAAAUGACAUUUUGGCCACGCUGAUGAGGGCCAACGCCAAUUCCAAGCGUUCCAAUCCACAGUCUCCGGCCCCAUCAGCCCUUUCUACACCGUCCUCUUCGCCUCCGCUAACGCCCGCUCCUGCAGCAUCAGCGACCAGCACUUCGCUCUUCAUGGCGGCUCAGCAACAGCAGAUGUCGAGUCCACCUCCUCCACGCAUGCCCUCGCUCCUCUCCCAGCUCGCUCGUCGAUGCAGAAGCAGCUCCUUUCAGCGCCAAGACGUCCGACAAGCAGCACUUAAUUCGCCUGUUCCAAUGACCAGAACAGUGAUGGACAAGGCGAGCUUGUCGGACGAAGAGCUCAUGGGCCAGAUGACGACUCUGAUGUUUGCCGGACACGAGACCACGUCGGUGCAAACAACAUGGUUACUCCUCGCCCUGGCUAGAAAUGUCCGUGUGCAGGACAAGCUUAGGAAAGAAAUUCGAGAUCUUCGAGCGUCAAAGGGCCUCAAUGUUCAGAGCAGGGCACCAUUCCGUAUACCCAACAGCGAAGAAGAGGAAGAAGAAGAGGAUGACAACAGCAGGGAAUUGACAUAUGAGGAGAUUCAAAGUCUAAAGUACCUCGACAAUGUGGUCAAUGAAGGGCUGAGACGGUACGGUGCGAUCCACACGACGUCGCGCAUGGCGACAAAGAGCGACGUGAUCCCUGUCGACCCAGCGAGAAGCCCCGGCGCGCCAAAGCAUGGCGUUCGAAUCGAGCCUGGUACACUCAUCAUUGUACCCAUCGAGGCAAUUGGGCGCCUCAAAAGCCUAUGGGGAGAAGAUGCCGACGAAUUCCGGCCAGAAAGGUGGGAUGAUAACGAGCAAGCUUCAAUGGAGGGCAAGAGGCUCUACACAAAAGCGGGCGGUCCGGCCUUCCUGCUCGGACCGAGGGCCUGCAUCGGCAAUCGCUUUGCGAUCGCCGAGCUAAAGGUGCUCCUUGUCACCCUGGUUAAUGCCUUUGAGCUCAGACCGUCAUCGCACCAUGUCGUCCCCACUCGCUGGAUCGUCUCAAGACCUUUUGACCGGAAAUCUGGCAUCGAGCAAUGUCCCUUGCUUAUCUCAAAGGCCUCUUCCACCCCUAUUCCUGGCAGUGCUACUCCUUCUGUGUGA